GAAUGGGGAUGUUCGGGCCUUCCUGGUGGACUUUGAGGAGGUUGCGGAGGCUGCCGGACUGGAGACUGACCGGGGCAAGUUGGUGGCGCUGAAGACUCUCCUCGGGGGCCGGGCGAAGGCGACCGUGGACGCGGCCAGAAGAGGCCCUCGGAAGAUGGGCUGGGCCACUGCGAAAAAAGUCCUUGCAGCGGAGUUCGACACGCCAGCCGACCUCCAGGAGGCUAUGAGGCGGUUCAAGACGGCGAAGAUGGCGUCUAGAUCCAACCCGACCGUGUUCCUCGCCGGCUUUUGGAAGUUGUUGGAUCGCGCUUUGCCGGGACUGGACGGAGUACCGCGUCACCAAUUGCUUUCCGACCAGUUCAACGAAGUGUAUUACCUAUUCGCACAUGCGUACAACCCACCGGCCUGCAAAACCGCUCCACCUCGAUCCGUUCGAGUUAGUCCAGUGAGAUUUCAUCAGGCAAACGCUGUUAACAAUGGAGGACCAGAUGGGUUGUGGCCACUCCAAACUCCCAUUCUGAUUGGUCACGCUGGUGCUGGCAUGAAACAUGUGCACCAUGAAAGUGAUCGACUGUGGCCGGACAACACAAUUUGUGCCUUUCGUCGGGCCGAACAGUUGGGGUUGCCAAUGGUGGAGUGUGACGCCACAGUUACGAAAGACUACAAGGCUGUGUUGCUGCAUCACAACUUUACUGUGCGCUUUCACACAGACCCUUUCAGCGUGAAGGAUUGCAACCGAAGCUUCAAUCUGGCGCAUUUACCCGAUCCACCGGUCGACGAGCAAACUACUAAUUUGGUGGUCCGUUACUCAUUUUCCGAGCUAAGGGGUCUCCUUGGUCGUGACCCCAGUGCUCGUCCAAUCGAAGACUCGAGCAGUGGGUGUAUAACACAUCCGAAAGCGCUCACUUCGACUGAUCCACUACCGGAUGUACAAGGUGUUCAUGGACAUCCUCUGCCCGAAUUGGCGGAUGCGUUCCGCCAAACUUCCACCCAACUGGGAUUUAAUGUUGAAUUAAAAUACCCCAGGGAAACGCUGUUGGGAAAGAUCACACGCGCGAUCCAUGAAGAUGUGCCAAUCACCCCGAAUUUGGCGGGCCCUCAUUCUUAUUUUGCGAAAAUAAACAAGUUCUGUGACAAAAUUUUAGACACUAUCUGGAAAAACGCCGGUGAUCGGGUUGUUAUCUUGUCUUCCUUCAAUGCUGACGUAUGUGCCGUACUUCGCCUCAAACAGUCGCACUUGCCUGUAAUGUUCAUCACUCGUGGUGGGGUUCCAUCGCCCACAGAACCGCCAGAUAUGUUCCACGUGGACCUGCGACAUACCAGCUUGGCAGUUGCAACGUCCUGGGCACAGAUAAUGGGUUUGGAUGGAGUGGUCACUCUGGGUUCGCAUUUUGGUUCUGACCCCAAAGAACAUCCCAUAACCGAGGACGAGAUAUCGCAAAAUGCCUCAGAUUUGACAGAAAAAUGUCUGGCGUGUUUUGUUUAUGGAUCUGGUGUGUCCGAGGACGAAUUCUUUGCCAAAGCUACCAAAUACGGACUUACUGGCGUGAUAAUCGAUCGCGUUGAUGGCUAUGUGCAAGAACACUGUGACGGAAUCUCAUUAUGAGCUGAUUUUUCACUCAUAUCUACAUUGCGCCGGGUAUAGACUUAGUACAACUGACAUUGAACAGUCCUGACUGUUUUCCUACAAUCUUGGUUUUCGCCUCGGUUUCCUUCUCUCAGGUCAUUUUAUUCGCCACUGAAUGUUCCACUUAUAUUUGCUGGUGACAUUUUCGACAAUCAUAUUUUUGCUCUUUCUUACCUUCUUUUGGACGUGGUGUCCUAUCACCUAUCGGAUAACUUCAAAUAGGGUGGAAGUGGUGGCUGUACGGGAAGUUCCG